AUGAUGUCGGACCCAUCACUUCAAAAGCCUGGUUCCGAAACCAAAGGCCUUCCAAGCAAAAGCCCCGAGGAUACAAUCAUAGGAGAGGUCUAUGAGGUGGUUGACCAUGGCGCGGAUUCUGGGCUCAAACGCCAGCUGGGAUCCCGACACAUCAGUAUGAUCGGGCUCGCCUCAUCCAUUGGCAUGGGUCUUUGGCUGGGAUCGGGAACCUCGUUGAAGAAUGCUGGCCCAGCUGGUAUCUUCCUGGGCUACCUCCUGUCGGGAACCAUUAUUUGGAGUGUCAGUCAUAGUAUUGGAGAAAUGGCGAUUAUGUAUCCUCUUCCUAGUGCCUUUGUGCAAUGGACUAAUACUUUUGUCGACGAAUCCGCCGGCUUUGCACUGGGAUGGGCAUACUGGUUUUCUUAUUGGAUCACCAUCGCAAACGAGGUACAAGGAGCAAUCACUGUUCUCGGUUUUUGGACGAGCGCUGUCCCCACUGCCGCAUUAAUCACUAUUUUCUGGCUCGUUAUCGUCCUGAUGAAUGUUGGAGCAGUCAAAUGGUUUGCAGAGAUCGAAGUCGUGGCUGCCGCAAUCAAGUUUGGAUUCAUCUUUGUUGUGAUCAUCUCCGGAAUUGUUCUUUCCGCAGGUGGAGGGCCUUUGGGAGGCUAUCCAGCAAGACCGCACGGUACAGUUGGCUUCCAGUUUUGGAACGAGAUGGCUUUCAUAAACGGCUUCAAGGGAUUCAUCUCAGUCAUGCCGACUUGUAUCUUCGCCCUAUCUGGAUCCGAGAAUGCCGGACUUGUUGCAGCAGAGACUAGCAAUCCUCGCCGAUCCGUUCCAAAAGCUGUCAAGUCUAUGUGGGUGCGGUUAAGUUUGUUCUACAUUCUAGGAAGCUUGAUCGUCACUAUAAACGUUAGCCCGAAGGACGAAAAUCUCUUUGGUGGCUCUGGUACCAAUGCCAGUCCCUUUGUUAUCAUGUACAGGAACGCUGGCGUGACUCCACUGGCUCACAUCAUGAACGCUGUCAUUCUGGUGUCAGUUCUGUCGACCGGUGGGAUCUCUGGAUAUGCGGGGUCCAGAGUGCUGGUUGGUCUCUCACAGCUCAGAAUGGGCCCAGAGGUCUUACAGAGGACCGAUAGUUGGGGUCGUCCCUGGUGGGGCCUUGCACCUACCCUCAUUAUCGGAGGAGGUCUGGCCUACUUGAACGUCAGCAAUAGCGGUGCUACCGUAUUUGGUUGGUUCUCCAACCUGACCUCUCUCUUUACCCUCUUCGGAUGGGGCAUGAUCUGCCUGUCUCAUAUUCGUAUGCGGGCUGCGUGGAAGGCCCAAGGGCGCACCGUCGAAGAACUUCCAUGGAAGUCAUGGGCCUUCCCCUGGGCUGCAUAUUGGGGGCUUUUCUGGUGCGUAGCUCUGAUCAUCAUUGAGUUCUACCUGGCUGUGUCUCCGUUAGGAGAUUCACCCAGUGCCAAGAACUUCUUCGCCAACUACCUCUCUGUGGUAGCUAUUGUCGUUCUCUAUAUUGGUGCAAAGAUUUACUACCGCGGCAGAAGAUGGAAGGCCCUUGAAGAUAUCAAUCUUGAUUCUUCAAGAAGAUUCUAUGCCCCACGAGACGAGGAGGGGUCUGCUAAGAAGAGCUUUGCCAGGAAGUGGUUCAAACUUCCAACUAAGAAUUAG